AUGUCGCAACUCACGCCGCCGUUGACUUUCAAGUCGUCGACACCCAUUGUGGUUGCCCUUGCCAACCCACAAUCCACCUCGCCCUUCAACAAGGUCCCUCUCGAGGUUCUUCUCCGCAUCUCUACCCUUCUCAGCACCACGGAAUUGGGCGCUCUACGCCUGACGUGCAGAUCCAUCGAGCAGUCCCUGUUCAACACAUUCAUGAAGGAGUACUUUACCAAGCGUCAGUUCAUGAUCACCGAGUUCAGCCUGCAGGCUCUGGUCGAUAUCAGCAAAUCGCGCUUGUCCGACUGCCUUGACCACGUCAUCAUCGGCCUUAACUGCUUCACACGCCACUACUUCCCCCCGGGCAAGGAAGCUUGCGAAACUCGCUAUCGCGAGGCCCAAGCCGAUCACUUCGCCCUAGUCAACAGCGGCCACCAUGUUGUUAUGCUGACUGAGGCUUUUCGGAACCUGAAGAAUCUCAAGACCGUUGGCAUCCGCGACUACCACUCCAAAGCACGUCGUCUUCGAGAUGGAUUUACUGCCACAUGGGCAAGCUACGGUGCCACCACUCUGGAGAAGGAGACGGAAGUCAACCUCUUCCGCGUCCCAAUAGACGAGAUCCAGGCCUAUGCGAACAAGGUCUUCAUUUCCGUCUUCACAUCACUCGGCAAUGCCGGUGCACGCCCCAAGGCCUUCGAACUGCUUCGGAAAGGCCACGGCGUCCCUUCAGACGACGCCUUCAACCUCUUUACCAAGUACCUCCAGCCAAAGGUCACCCCUGUUCUCCGCGGCCUGGAGACGUUCCUGUGCGUCGUGAACGUGGCAAACGGUCCGUUCCGCACCACAGCACCUGUAGCCGGCGCCGACGACAACACGGCCUUCAGUCGGCGUCGGCACGACUAUCUCCUGCGCCUCUUCCUAGGGCACAUGCCCAAUUUGAAGCACCUGAGGCUGAACUUCAGCCACCCCGGUAACAACUCGGACGCCGUCGAUCACUUCAUCAACUGGCUCGGCACCCCGGUUCCCAAAACCGAUAGAUCGUCGACGCUUGCAGCUUCCGAAAGCCAGCUUCCGCCACCUCCUCCCCCCGUGGCAUUUCCGCACAUCGAGGAACUCAACCUGGGUCUUGUGGAUGUCGAGCCAAGACGCCUGGUCCAUCUUGUCCGGAAGCUCUCGCCGACACUCAAAAGACUAACACUUUGGAAGCUUACGCUGUGGAACAAAGCUGCCGAGGCCAAAAACCUUGACGAGCGACGCGACCACUAUAAGGUAAACCUGUGGGCCAAGACGCUGAAAGCCCUGUGCGAGAUACCCAACCUUAACUUGAACCACAUCAAGAUUGGCAGCCCUGCUCAACGUACCUUCAUGACCAAUACCAAGGUUUGGUUCCACAACAAGGGCUCUCCCGACGACAAGGUGGACUUGAAGGAGUACACCGGCAUCGACUGGAAACACUUCGUCGAAGAGCUAGUGGGGCAAGUCAAGGCGGAACUUCCGGUGGAGAGUGAGGAAGACUUGGACGAACAUGAAGUGACAGACUCGGAGCUGGACGAAGAUAUGGAAGGUGAAUAA